AUGCUCCCCAAAAGUUGUAUCAUAAAAAAUAAAGCAAUAAAAAAUUACAUUUCACUCAAUAACCAAGGCUCCUAUACUGGGAAGGAACCAAAGGCGAAAUGGCACAAUCAGACUGUUGGAACUGACUUUGUCCUCCUGGGACUGUUCUACCAUAUCCAAGCCCCCAAACUUCUCUUCACUUUUGUCUUCCUGGUCUUCCUCAUGGCCCUUGUUGGUAAUAUUGUGAUGCUGAUUCUCAUUUGGUUGGAUGCUCGACUUCACACUCCCAUGUACUUCCUACUGAGUCAACUUUCCUUCAUGGACCUUUUAUAUAUCUCCACUUUUGUCCCAAAGAUAGCCAUUGACUUCUUCUCUGGGAGAAACACCAUUUCAUUUGUUGACUGUGGAAUUCAGAUGUUCCUCUUCACUGCUCUUGUGGGAGCGGAGUGCCUUCUCCUGGCUGUCAUGGCUUAUGACCGCUAUGUGGCAAUUUGCCAUCCACUUCAUUACUCAAUUCUAAUGAGACCUACAGUCUAUCAUUUCAUGGCAUUUGGAACCUGGCUGAGUGCACUGCUGAAUGCAUUGAUCCAUGUUAUAUAUACUCUGAAUCUUCCCUACUGUGCCUCAAAGGAAAUACACCAUUUCUUUUGUGAGAUUCCAGCUCUCCUGAAACUUGUUUGUGCUGACACCUCUGUAUAUGAGAAUGGCAUUUUUUUCAGUGGUGUUGUGUUCUUCCUCAUUCCAAUAUCAGCUAUAAUGAUCUCCUAUGGAAAGAUCUUAUCAACUGUUUUGGGAUUAAGAUCUAAUUCAGGGAUGAAAAAGGCUUUAGCUACCUGUUCUUCCCAUAUGAUUGUAGUGUCUCUUUUUUAUGGAACAGCCAUCAUGAAGUACUUCCUGCCCAAAUCUUAUCACACUGCUGAGAAGGAUGAAGUGCUUUCUAUCUUCUACACUAUCCUCACACCCAUGCUUAACCCCCUUAUUUAUAGUCUUCGAAACAAAGAGGUGGCUAGUGCCCUGAGCAAAGUUCUAGGUGGUUAA